GGGUGCCUGCUGUGAGCCUUGUCCCUCCGAGCCCCCCCAGACGGGGAGGGAGAGAAAACCUCCCCAGCAAAAGGGCUUUGGCCAGCAUGUCCUGCGGGCUCCUGGGGACCCUCCUGCUCCUCCUGCCAGGAGGUGCCUCGGCAGUGGGGGGAUGGUUCCAGGAAAACCCAGGGGAGCUCUGGGUGUCCCCCGGGAAGACGGUGGAGCUGAGCUGUUGCGUCCCGGACAGCAGCCGCAGUGUGAACUGGUACAAGGAGAAGCCAGACGGCAGUUUGUACUGGAUUUACUGGAGCUCAGGUUCCUCCCGUCCGGUGGGAAAAUACACGGGGGGGAUGAAAGCGGGGAGGAAAGCAGAGCAGUGUUUCUCCCUCAUCAUCAGCCCCGCGCAGAGGGAGGACUCCGGGGUUUAUUACUGCAGCUCCCGCAACUUCUACCACUUGUUUGGGAAGGGGACCAGGCUCGUGGUCACCGAUGCUACCGAGCCCCAGCUCUCCAUCCUGGUGCCCACUGAUGCGCAGGAGCCCGGGCAGCCCCCAGCCCAAAUCCCCCUGCUCUGCCACCUCCAUGACCUCCCUCCGGGCUGGGACACCGUGCACUGGCAGCCUGGCGGGGAGGAGGCACCGGUGGUGGCGGCAGCCGUGGACGAGCAUGGGGUCCUCAGCGCCUGGAGCAUCACCUGGGUCUCGGCUGAACAGUGGGACGGGGCUGCGGGGUGCACCGCCCUGCAGAGCGCUGACCAUCCUGCUCUGCAGACGGCGUCUGGCCAGAGGUGA